GACCAAUGGCAUAUUAACAAAACACAUAAACCUAAAAUGCAGUUGUUAAACCCCAAAUUAUUUCAUUUUUUGUUAUUCCUAAUUGUGGCAAGGAUGGUCGGAGCAGUCAUAAAAUUACCAAGAAACAUCACUGUUCCGGCGGUUCUAAUGUUCGGAGACUCGAUCGUCGACACCGGAAACAAUAAUUACUACACCACUAUAGCUAAGUGCAACUUUCCCCCUUAUGGCCAAGAUUUCAUGGGAGGAAAGCCCACUGGCCGAUUUUCCAACGGCAAAGUUCCCUCCGACCUUAUUGUUGAAGAAUUAGGCAUUAAGGAUCUUUUGCCGCCAUAUUUGGAUCCAUCUUUGAAUGAUGAAGAUCUUUUGACUGGGGUCAAUUUUGCAACCGGAGCUGCAGGGUGGGACCCUCUCACAGCUGAGCUCUCGUCAGUCAAGUCGUUAUCGGAUCAGUUAGAAUUGUUCAAAGGCUACACGGAAAAGGUGAAGAAGAUUGGUGGAGAGCAAACACUAUCCAAAUUAUUUAAUGAAAGCCUAGUGGCGGUCGUGACAGGCAGUAACGACAUCUCCAACACGUACUUCAUCACACCUUUCAGGCGCCUCCACUACGAUGUUCCCUCGUAUACAGACCUACUCGUGAGCUAUGCCUCGAGCUUCGUGCAGGACCUAUAUCGACUAGGAGUACGCAGAAUUGUCGUUUCUAGUCUUCCACCCGUGGGGUGCCUGCCCUCGCAACGGACCUUAAGGGGUGGACUCGAAAGGAAGUGUGUGGAUGAGUAUAAUGAAGCUGCGGAGUUGUUUAAUCGGAAGCUCUCGGCCGAAUUGGUCUCACUCAAUGAUCAAUUGAGUGAUGCAUUGAUCUUCUUCAUAGAUAUCUAUACACUUCCUCUAGAUUUCAUUCAAAACCCACAAAAAUAUGGGUUCAAGGUGGGAGACAGAGGGUGCUGUGGAUCAGGAACUAUAGAAGUUACUUACAUUUGUAAGGAUAUGAAAACGUGUGAAAAUGUAGGUGACUAUGUGUUUUGGGACAGUUUUCAUCCCACAGAGAGAGCCUAUAGAAUUCUUGUAAAUGAAUUUAUAAACCAAAUCAUUAAAAGCCUGUGACAUAUUGGAAAUGUAACUUUUUCAUCAAUUUAUUUAGCUUUUGAUUGUUCAA